AUGAGCAAGCCUCAACACGGCUUCCAACAGCCGUCCUCGUACGCCGGGUACGCGCCACCACCGCCCGUGAGCGCCUUGCCGCACGACACACGUGUUCUUCUGCGGGAAUAUCCCGCGCUGGCGAUCACGCCCACUGACCAUGUGGCACGGGGUAUGAGCCAGAUGAGCGUGUCGGCGCGGCCGACGUCGUAUGCGCAAUCCGGGUAUUAUCUGCCGUCGGUGCACGGCUCGUACGCGGGCGAGAUGGCGCAUAUUGCGAGCGCACAGGUGCCCUCGCACGACGGCGGAUACUGGGAGCGCGCGCGGCAAGAGGCCAUUCACGCCGUAGGACCCGCGCCUUCCGCCGAUCACUACUCACCGUCGUACUCGUACUACCAACCUCGUGAUCACCCGCCCGCGCCGACAUACCAGUCCAGCGCGCUAAGUGGUGCAGUGUACCAACAUACCCUCCCAGCCCAGGCAUAUCCGAGCCCGCCCCCAGGAAUGCAAUUCUCCUCGUCUUCCCUCGCCCACGCGCUCGACCCGCCCAUCAUCGUCAAACGCCAGCCGCCGCCUGCCCCGCCACGUGCCGUCGCGCACCCUCCCUCACCCGCGAAACCGCAGAGCAGCGCCUCGUUCUUCAAUGCGUUUAUUCAGCAGCAACAGCGCGCGAUGCAGCCUCCCCCGCUUCCGCAGUCCAGGCCGCAGAUCAUCCCUCAGCCUCCCCAGCAGCAGCAGCAACAACAGCCGCACAUACAACAGAAUCGAUAUAAUACCGCGCCUAAUCCCGCUACACCGCGGAAACGCGAGCGAGCGCCGAUCCCUUCUUCGUUCUUGUCCAAUGGCGCUAUCCCGCCUCCACCUGAUAGUAGUCCUCUACCGCCUUUGACGCAGACGCCGAAACGGAAACGCGAUGCGAUUGAAGAUCCUCACGGUCCUCCGCCUGGCAGUCCUGCCAAGCGAUUCCAGUCUCUACGCGGGCUACCGGCCAACGCUCCGACCUUUGCGCCACCUCCACCACUUGCUGCGCCCGUCUUGAAGAAGCAACAGUACGAUCUUGAGCCCGUCAACACACCUUCAACGUCGACCUUCACAACUCCGCACACCGAACCUCCCGCGACACCCAGUACCGCAUCGACUGUCCCUCCUACUCCUCCUUCCCCGGUUCAUGAGGCGCCGAAAGUGAAGAAGCGAAGGUCUCAGGUGUUCGUUGAGCUUCCGCCGAGAGGGACGAGGCCCGGUUCGCCUCAGACCCCAAGGAAAAGCAGGGAUGUCAAGACGAAUGGCGGGGAUACGGAUGUUGAUAUGAGCGAUGAGGAAGAGCAGGAAGGGUAUUUGCCUACCAUCACGAGGUUACCGAAUGGGGACACGAAGGGGAAUGCGAAUGGCAGGAGGACUGGGGAGCGGGACGAGCGCGAUGCGUUCGCGAAACUCCGCGAGCUCAUCGACGACCUCUUCGAAGCGGACGACAGCCCCGACUCCCAAGACGCCCAAUCCUUCUUCUCAUCAAACAGCCCAGACUCCUCGCGUCCUUGUCUCUCCGCCUCGAUCCUCCGCAAGUUGAGGGUCAGGAUACUGGACGCUGCAAAACCUGCUAACGCCAAGAGGUCACGUGCAGCGACAGGUCAAACUCCCCGUACCCCGAAGACAACGCGUCUCUCGCUCGCCGAUAUCGAGCCCGCGGACCUCACACGACUCAUCAGGCUUCUCGAGCGCUCCGUCCGCGCAGGCGAAGACGUCACACCCUUCCCCACCGCCCCCUCCACCUCAUCCGCCAUCAAAACCGAAGCAAACGGCGAGGCCGGACCAAGCACGCCUCUCAAAACGCCGGCAAAGACGCCCGGCAAGCGCAGCACUAAGAAGGAACCCCGCUCCGCUACACCGCGCGAGACGUCCGAGCCGCCUGCGUCUGAAGCCGAUAUACAAAAGGCUACCGUCAGCAUUGAGCGGGCUAGGGACGCGGUGUUGGCGGCUGAUACAAUCUUGGCCCUGUUGUGCGGCGAGAGGUUACCGAGAGAGGCGUACGGCGAGGAGAUACUCGGCGCCUGUUUUGCCGCGCUUGGGAACGGGCUGAAGGGCGUCGUGUACCCUCUGCUCGAGUUCUCUUCUUCAUCUUCGUCGGCGGGAGGAGUGCUGGCAUUGUUCGCGAGUAACGGCAAAGGCGCCGCCGGAGGGAGGAGCGUGCUGGACGGCAAGAGCAUACUGCGCGAGCUGUUCGAAGAGGCCGAGAGCGCGGUGUUGAGGGCCAGCAGGCUCGUCAGUGGCGAGAGGGUCGCGUUGGGCGAGGGAUUGCUUCUCCAGGCUUCGUCGGUCGCCAUUGGCCCGUUCUUUGUCGCUGAGCCCUCGACGGCUUCGGCAGCUACGACCGUGCUGGGCGCGAAACCGGGCGAGAGGCUGCGGUAUGCUGGUCUGGCGCUUAUUCGGACUAUCUUCAGCGCUCGCGAGGACCAACGCGCAGGCAUACUCGAAGACGUACUCGGCAGCCUCGUCCGCCUCUCCGCGGGAAGCGCAAAGCCGGCUAUGUUUAAACUGCGCAACGGCACCUCCAUCCGCACCGUCUCGGCACUGCUUCUCCAGCUCAUCCAGUCCUCCGCGCACGACGUGAGGGUCAAGGCGAGGGUGUAUGAGAAGGAGAGGAUGAGGGAGAGCGCGUUGAGGAGGGCGAAGAGCAUGAACGAGGAUGAGAUGCACGAGGGCGGCGCAUUCCUUGGCAAGCGCGAGCGUGAGGAAGUCAAGAUGUACGCCGGUGGACUCGAGAGCGCUACGCGGAUCGCGAAGAACAUCGUCGCGUUUCUCACUCAACGCUCGGGCAAAGGCAAGACGACGAAGAGCACGAACGAGGCCGAGUACCGCGUCAUAUUUGAGCACCUCCUCACCGACAUCGACUCUGUGCUCUUCUGGCCGGAGUGGCCGGCGGCCGCUACACUCCUCGGCAUCGUGACGAAAGUCUUCGUCAACGCGCUCGAGCCGCAGCAGCACAACGCGCGCAAGGGUGAUAAGAAGGGCAUGGAGGAGGACAACAGCGCGCUCAAGAGCAUCGCGCUGGAUCACCUCGGCGUCGUCGCUGCACGGCUGAAGAGGUGUAAGAGGGGUGAGGGUCUGGUGGCGAUGGAGGAUAUCUGCGUCGCGCGCGAUGUGUCCGCGCUUGAGCGCUUGUUGGCUGCGCAUCGUGACGUCGGCGCGUUCUUGCGCCGCAAGGCUACCGAGGAUGCGUCGUUCGAGACUGCUCGUGAGCUCGCGGCUACGACGUUGGCGCAGGAGCUCGCUUUACGGUUGCAGGAGUGCGAUAAGGCUUUGUCGAGGCUGGACGAUGGUGAGACGGACGAGCCGUUGCUUGGACUUGCGAAUGCGCUGAAGGGCGCAUUGGCUGAGGUGUGGAAGGUUGAUCCGAGCGACGUGUUUACCGACUCUGUAGAAGAACAGAAACGCGUAGACAAGCUCUCCGUCGAGCUCGGCGCCGUCCAAGACCUCCGCAAGAGCCACGAACACAUCAUGCGCGUCGUUCUCCACGCCCUAGACGCCACAGCCGUCUUCAUGCGCACCAAAGCCCUCAAAGCGCUCGGUCAAGUCGUAUCGGCCGAUCCCAGCGUGCUCGAGGCUGAGAACGUCAAAGAAGGGAUCAACCACCACUUGAACGACGUAUCACCACAGACACGCGAUGCCGCCGUGGACCUUGUGGGGAAGUAUGUGCUCGAUAGUCCGAGCGUCUUGAAGGAUUACUUCCCGCUGCUCAUCAACCGAAUUAUCGAUACGAGCCCUGGUGUCCGCAAGCGCUCUAUCAGGCUGUUCAAGUCUAUCUACGCCGCGACCGACGAUCACUCCCAGCGCGUGGACAUCUCGCGCGCGCUCGUGCUGCGCCUUGCGGAUGAGGACGAUCAAGUGAAGGAUCUCGCCCUCAAGACUCUGGAGGAGCUUUGGUUCCCGCCUACACCCGCCCUCAAGCCGCGCUCGAACUCGUCCGACAAUGGUGCUACCGCUGCGAAGGAAGCUCUUCAGUCGCGCAUGCUCGUGCUUAUGGAUGUGGCGGAGAAGUACGGGCCUGCUGUCGAGCAGCUUUUGCACCGGCUAAGCGACGCCGACGGCCAACUCAAGCGCUAUGGCGACCUCGUCGACGCGCUCAUGGAAGCCCUCAUCGACAACGCGCCGCCAGCGGGCUUCACCAUCGUCAAGUGCAUCAGGACGAUCCACCACUUCGUCGCCGCUCGCCCAGCACUGCUCACGCCCACCCAUGCCGACGCAUUGGAGCCGUACCUCACGAACGCUACAGGCGCAGAAGACCGCGAGAUAGCGCUCUACGUGCUCAAGAUCUUCCGCGUCGCAGUCCCGCAUAUGCCACACACCGCCAAGAAGUUCGGCACGAAACUGCAGAAGACGCUCCAGCCUUUGAUCCUCAAACCCAUCGUGGGAAACAGCACCACGACGACGCAGGAGACCGUCGCGUGUUUCUGCGCGGCUGUCAAGUUCUUAACGGACGAUUAUGAGGCGCUUGCGAGGUUGUUGGCGGGGUGUUUCAAGAAGGUGCAGGAGAUGGCUAGGGUGGAGUUGAAGAAUAUCGCUGCGAAUGCUAAGGUGGAUCCAAGGGGGAGGGAGUACCUGCAGGCGAUUGUAGCGUUGAUAUGCGAGCAUUGCGACUGUGAUGUUGUGAGGAAGGAGCAUCCUGACAAAGUCGAAGCGUCAUUCAAGCUCAUUUCAUCCGAGCCUGGCUCAUCCGUCACAUUCGCCGUCUACCAAUCCUUCCUCAAGCUGUACGGAUCAUUCAAAGACAGCCGAUCCCGAGGGAACAUUCUCAAAUCGCUCGGCUUCCUCUUCCGCGCGUACCCUACGCUCAUGACAACACAAGAGUCGUUCGAUAUCAUGGACGACGUCUUCAUGCGUGGCACGGAGGAGGAUCAGCGCGGGCUGCUGAGGCUCAUUCAGGAGUACUUCCAGUCUGAAGCUGAGAAGCAUACUGCGGCGGAGAAGGAGAAGGCUAAGGCGGACGGCAAGGGUGCUUCUUCGGUCGAUGCGGGCGAGCUGAGCGGCAAUACGGAUGGCUAUGCCGAGUCGGGCGUGGCGAGUACGGUUGUGCAGCGGUUCUUGGACCCGCACAUCCUUCGUGCUGCACUCUCCAGCAACGCCGCGACUCAAGCUCUCGGAGUGGAAAUCCUCACCUUUACCGUCAAGCAAGGUCUCGCACAUCCGAUCCAGUGCUACCCCGUACUCGUCGCGCUCGAAACGAGUCCAACGCAGAGCAUCGCCGGUCGCGCCGCGAGCUUGCACGCGUACCUCCACUCCAAGCACGCCAGCAUGCUCAAAGACUUCACCGCCUGCGCUCGCAAGAGCUUUGAGUACCAACGCUCUCUCGAGGCCAUCCCGCGCGGCUACCGCGGUGCGAACCCUCCUGUCGCUCUGCUUCAGCGGUGGUACUCCCUCGUCCGCGAGAAGCGCCUCGCCCGUCUCGACUUCCUCCGCUCGCUCGCGCGUGCAUUGCGCGUACCCGACAAUCUGAAGAUGAGCGCAGACGACGUCCAGUUCGCACGAUACAUGGCGGAGAACUUUGCCGCGAUGGAGUUCAAGGCGAACGAGGAAGUGCUCACUGUCAUUCGGUGUUUGACCGACGUGCUGUCGACGGCGGGUAUGGCGCUCGUGCAAAGGUUACAGCCAAACGGGCUGGCGGCUAUGCUCAAUGACGGCGAGGACGUGCAGAUGCAAGAUGCUGACACGAGCGCCGAAACGGAGGCUUGGCGCUCAAUCGACAACUUGCCCGUUAUGCACGGCUCGGUCGUCGUGGCCAUAAUCAUGCUCCUCAAGGCGCACCUCAAGAGCUUGUACGGGCUGCCGGAGGAGAAAUGCCUGAAGUACCACCCUGGGAAGAAGUCAGCUGUCGGUGACAAAGCCGCCGUGCGUCGUUCCGGCGCGCCGUUGAAUUGGGAGCGGCUUCCGUUCGCGACUGCCGCGCUCAACACGGUCGAGGAUAUCUCUCAACAGCGCGAUGCAUUCCUGAAGAUCUGGGAGGAGGAUGGGGUGACGGAAGAGCCUGACGAGGACAUGAUAGACGCCUAA